AUGAAUCGACCCCUCUCAAACCCCUUCCGGCGCCUCCACCCUUUGCGGCAACCCACAGCCUCCUCCUCCCGCCUCGCACAUACCCAAAGACCCCACGACUGGCCCUUCAAACCCCCUCCGAUCCGCGAACGUCUCCGACCCCUCAUCCCCUUCUUCAUCUGGUGGACCGUCCUCACUUCCCUCACUGUCCACCUAUUACGCGCUCGGCAAGCCUCCAAAGAGUCCGCAGAUCGAUCAGACGCCAAGAUCAGCGCGUUGCAAGACCUCUUGACGCGGGCGAGGGCGGGCGAGGUGAUGAGUGAGGAGGAAAUACAGCGGAGGUUGGAAUUGGUCGGGGUGCGGGAGAGGAGGAAGGUGGAUGUUUCUGGGGAAGGAAGGGAAGAGGUCCGGGAUGUAGGAUGGAGAGAGGCGAUUUUUGGUCGGAGGGCAGUGAGGAGUGAGAAGGAAGAAGAAGAGGUGGAGGAUUGGGCGAGAAGUGUGGUGGCGGAGGCGAGUGGCACGGCGGUGACCAAGCCAACACUGCCAGAUACGAGCAUAAAACAGCCGCCUGCGCCGGUAGCGACCGUGCGGAGAGCACCAUCAUCGAGUAGAUACAUGUCAUAG